AUGGCCGGUAUUGAGAAGCUCGAGGUUCAUAGCAAGUCGUACAUAGUCCGCUGGGUGAGAGUCGACCAAGACAAUACUCUCUCGUGGAGUGUGCAGCCCAACAAAAAGUCCAUCAACUUCGGUAUCGUGAAACAUCCAGGCAGCGGCGCAGCGACACUCCUCUCGGCGACUGGUGACGUGCUCGACAGUGCUCCUGUUCAGGGCACCACAGACGGCAAGGGAAGUCGAUUUGCGAAGAAGGAGACCACCGCACAAGACUUGCUGAUCAGCAAGGGCUUCAUCCCGAUCCUGUGGCAUGGGAAGUGCGAAGCGGACAAGGUUUCCAGGGGUACACACGAUGUUCAUGUCGGCGAUGGUGGCAUGUAUGGGCUAGUUUUUGAUAACACCUUUUCCAAACAAACCUCCAAGACAGCCACAUUCGUUGUCCUCACAUAUCCGACUGGGGCACCACCCCAGACAACCAACAACCUACCGAACCUGCAAUUGCCGAAUGCUGAGACCAGCCAGUCUAGCCUGGGAAAGUAUGGGACUCCUCAAAAUGAGAAUGGUCCCUCCGCCUCGGUCGACAGUCUUCCAAGUCAGGGUCGCAAGCGGGCGCAAUCUUCGGCUGCGAAGAGUGAUGCCACGAUAGCGCCGCUGAAUUACCAUGUUGGUACACUUUCAAAGAGACGACGCAAGAAGAGACAAGGCUAUGCUCGCCGCUUCUUUUCAUUGGACUACUCAACCUGCACUCUGUCAUACUAUUACAAUCGAAACUCAUCUGCCCUGCGUGGAGCUAUCCCUCUCAGCUUGGCUGCCAUCGCCGCCGAUGAGCGCAGAAGAGAAAUCAGCAUCGACUCUGGCGCUGAAGUUUGGCAUUUGCGGGCACCAAAUGACAAGGAAUUUCAGGACUGGGCACAGGCACUGGAGAGGGCUAGUCGCCUUGCUCGAGGUCUAGACACGCUGGCCAAGCCCUCGAGGCCUGCUCUGAAGCUUGACGAUCAUCACCUCGACAAGACACAAGAUUUGUGCCAUAGUGAAACCGUUGAAUGGCAGCAGGUUGAGACGCUAGUCAGCCGUGUCGUGGGCACGCGCGAUGCUCUCCGCCGGCUGACGAAGGAAGUUUCCCACUUGCCGAGGCCUUCACCAAGCGGACAGUUCCUGUCACCCGGCCUUGGAACCCCAAGCGAAGAGAGCCGGGACAGUUACUUCCCUGCGACAGUGGAAAAGAAGCCAUUCUGGAAACGAAAGUCUAGUGCCCCAGGUUUGUCAAGCUCUCCCACUCCGCAAACCACAGCGUCAGGCCUGGCUCUGCCUUCCCCCGGCAGUGCCACCAGCGGUGCGGGAACCGUGGCCCGCCAGGUGUCUAGGCGAAGGUCUCGUGGAGGAGCUCAAGAGGAGAAGUCUCUGCACGAUCACUGUGGAGCCCUACUGUCUGAUCUUGACUCCGUCGUCUCCGAAUUCACUGCUCUGAUUGCCAACAGCAAGAGACGUCGUUUGCCACUCACCCCGUCUGCCGAGGGUGCUUCCCGCAUGAGUAUCGAAACGACAUCUACGGAUGAAUUCUUUGAUGCUGAGGACGCGAAAUCCGGCGUCGUCAAGAUCGAUGGCAGCGAGGACGAAUCCGCCGAGACCGAGGCCGAGGAGGAAUCUAUCCACGAAAGCUCAUCCAUUUCCUCCAUCGAAGACGAAGAGGGGGUUGGCAUAGAGGGCGCCGGCGAUGUUUAUCCCGUCAGGCCAAAGAAUCUCAGUCCUCUGCCUCUUGACAAAGCCGUGACACGAAGAAGUGGAAUACCGCCUGCGCUGGUCCAACCACCAAGUCUUAUUGCAUUCGUUCGCAAGAACGUUGGAAAGGAUCUCAGCACGAUCAGCAUGCCCGUGUCCGCCAACGAGCCCAUAUCUUUGCUUCAGAAGGUUGCCGAGUCACUCGAAUAUGCUCAGCUUUUAGACAAGGCCUGUAGACAGAAAAGCCCGACAGAGCGGCUACUCUUUGUUACGGCGUUUGCUGUGUCUCAGUUCAGUGGUGGUCGAGCCAAAGAACGAGCCAUUCGCAAACCGUUCAACCCUCUUCUUGGUGAGACGUUUGAACUGGUCAGGACGAACAAGGAAACACCGGGGGGUUUCCGAUUGCUCGUGGAAAAGGUUCAGCAUCGGCCGGUGAGGCUAGCCAUGCAAGCGGACUCGGCAAACUGGUCAUUCUCGCACUCGCCGGCUCCAGGACAAAAGUUCUGGGGCAAGAGUGCCGAAAUCACCACCGAUGGUCGCGUCCGGGUUGUCCUACGCUUGACAGACGGCAAUGACGAGCUGUACUCGUGGAACGUAGCGACCAUGUUCCUGCGCAACGUGGUCAUGGGUGAAAAGUACGUCGAGCCUGUCGGAUCAAUGCACGUAUCCAACGACACGACCGGCCACAAAGCCAAUGUCGAAUUCAAAAGCAAAGGCAUGUUUGGUGGCCGCGCCGAAGACGUCCAUGUAACUACGUUCAGUCCGGACGGCGGCGACACAGGCAGUGGCCUUGCAGGGACCUGGACGGGCGGCCUUAAAAGCGUCGGUCCCGGCAAAGCAGCCAGCGAAGAGAUUUGGGAAGUGGGCGAAAUGGCAGACAACCCAUCUCGAACCUACGGCAUGACGCUCUUUGCGGUGAGUCUCAACGAAAUCACCGAGAUUGAAAAGGGGAAAAUAGCACCGACGGACACGCGACUCCGCCCUGACCAGCGCCUCGCUGAAAAGGGAGACUUGGAUGGAGCUGAGAAGUGGAAACAUAACCUCGAGGAGGCGCAACGUGCUCGGCGGCGAGAGAUGGAGGAUAAGGGACAUGUCUAUCGGCCGAGGUGGUUUGUCAGGGCAGAGGAUAGUCCCGAUGGCGAGGAAGUGUGGAAGAUAAAGACGGGCAAGGAGGGCUACUGGGAGGAAAGGGCAAAGGGAACUUGGAGCGGAGUACAAGAAUUGUUUGACGUGCCCGAGUUGUAG